AUGUACUACGUUUCUGAAACGGAUAUGCUCAAAUCAAUGCGUAUGGCUUUAUAUGAUGAGGUGGUACGAACUCCAGGAUACAUUCAAGGAGAAAACUUCACAGGCCUUGCUGACUUCGUCACGCUACUUUCUAAUAUACUCAAAAACAGUGAACGUGCUCGACUCGUUUUCAUCCAUAUGAGGGAAUAUCUCGAGUCGAGGCGUGAUCAUAGAAUGGUAUCUGUGGACGAUUAUAGGAGGCAAUUUGAGAGUGUUGAGCGUGUCUAUGCAAAUCCAUUCCCGGUCAAUGCUUCAUGGCAACACUGCAAAGGAACAACACCUAUGUUCAGGGGUUAUACCUGUGGACUAUGGACAACCUUCCACGCGCUGACUGUACACUCAUACAUUGAUACAAUCAAAGACUCUAAUAUGAAUCCUUUGAAACCACUUAAGAGUAUUCAGGGAUGGGUCAAAGGAUUCUUCGGCUGCAAACAUUGCAGAAAACAUUUCAUGAACAUGACCACCAACAUAUUCCCAAUGACUGAACGUAGAAUUCGGCAUCCUCACGAUAUGAUGACAUAUCUGUGGAGAGCACACAACAUCGUGAACAAUCGUCUACACGGCGAUCCUACCGAAGAUCCACAAUUCAUAAAAAUGCAAUUCCCACCACCAUUCCUUUGCCCUACUUGUCAUUCUGGUGGACAAUUCAGCAGAAGACAGGUUCGCAACUUCUUGCUGAGAUACUACGGUAGCAUCAAGCCACAUAAUCGUUUGGCUGACCGUCGUCUUGCCUUCUUUUAG